AUGCCGCAACCCACAUCCCCUCAUGCUGUGACACCAGACUCCACUCAAUCAUCCUAUCCCUCUCUAUUCCAGAUCGGCGCAGAAUUUCCACGGUUUGUGGUUACUUAUCGCUGGUGGGAAGAUGAGGCAACUACUGUCCUGUGGGCAUUUAACAUCCCCGAGAUCCGUCAAGUGAUCCGCUAUGGACUAUUUAGAGACGAGAACUUUCCACGGAACUCGCUUCUGAGUCGCAACGCUGAUACCAUCGAUGCUUUUCUCGUGGCGCUGUCGGACCCACGCGAGCAUCAACUCCUGGGUAGUCUCUCCCAUUUGCAAAGAGUGGAAGAAAUACUACGCCGUUCGAGGAUCCAACCAUUCCAGGCAGUCCCUUGGAUGUGGUUUCCACCACAGCCGGGUCAUGGUUUGAGCGCUCAAGAAGUUGCCGAUGCGAUCGAGGCAGAAAGCCAUCACCAGUUUCGCAAGAUCUCCUUCGAAGAGAUCGUGCGUGCCUCUCUUGGAUAUAAUGCAGUUUCGGUCGAAUGGUUUCUCCUACAGCAUACCGUGCUAUACAUCUAUCUUUACAACCAUCUUCAAAUUUAUCCAGAGGAAAUCCCUCUCUAUAUAGAAGCGGAGAAGCAUCUACGGACUCAAAGCCCCUUUACCCAUCGAGCCUUGAUGCACUGCAUUCGCACCAUACAACCAGAAUCAGCUUGCGAUAUGCCCCAGAAAUUCACUCCAGGCUUCGAAUUUAUAGCAGGUCCCGUCCAAGUGCUAUUUAGGGACCAACCGCCAAGCUUGACCACCAUCCUCAAGAUCUUCAGUGUCUUGGCAUUUCGGUUCCGACGUCAAUAUAUCCAUACUGCCAAAAUGGAAUGGCAUGUACCGUUGGACACCUCCAUUUUAUUCUUAGAAGACUGUUUGAAUUCGACCUCGCCCAAAGACCUGGCCCGGACGAUGACAGGGACUGACGAGCUCGAUUUCUCCGGAUUGUCCCGACAGAGCAUCCUCGCAAACGACAACCUCGUGCGAGGGCUUCUGACGAAUUGGCACGAUCUCAGUAUAGCAGUGUGGGAAUGCUGCGCUGCAUUACCAGACAUUGUCCCAUUCCUGCGAGAGUGUGCGCAGGCCCUCCUUAACGCUAAAAAUUACCAUUCCCUAACGGCCCUCACCGUUGGUCUGCACCGACACAACACCGCUACAGCGCGAUCUCGAGGCUUGAAUAGCACCGUUGGCGGCAUGGUCGUUUUGGAUCCUCUCCUUCCGCCUGAGGUGGUCAACACCACCAACCCUGCCGAAAACUAUGCGUCUUAUCGCCAACAGUACUGUGAACAUCCUGGAAUCCCAUUUCUCAUCCCCCAUCUUCGCGAUUAUCAACAGCAUGGGGAAGCCGCCAUCCAACCCUUGCUCCAGUAUCUGCAAAUCCAAAUGUCGACCAAGACAUGA